AUGCGGACCAGUGCCCUACGUGUGGCAUCGUCGCGGUCACACGCCCUACGGCUUCACUCAUCUGUGGGACGCUUGGCGGAGCCUGCGUUUCGCCAGCUAACCACCACCGCAUGGCGGCCUGCUACAGCUUUACCCAUCACAGCUGCCGGACCACCUCCCAGUGCUCCCGUGCCGACUUCAUCACAAUAUGGCGACCGAGUGGGGGAACGACGCAGAAAAGCGGAAAUGCUUCGGCAAGGCAAGGAACUCCGGGCCAGUGAACCGGGAAAAUCAAGCCCACUGAAGCGGCGAUUUUGGAAGGAAGUCCACGUUAAAGAAGUACCCGAGGGAUAUCAAGUAUUCCUGGAUUCGAGACCUGUACGGACACCGGCGAAGUCCAUUCUCACCAUCCCACCAUCCAAACCGCAUCUUGCACAUGCAAUAGCCAUUGAGUGGGACAUGUUGGAGUCAGUGCAACAAGCCCUCAAAAACCACAAUAUCCCUAUGACUUCAAUCGUGGCGCGGGCACAGGACAUAAUCGAGGCCGAGGCACGGGGCGUAACGAAGAAUCGAGACGAGAUCAUUUCUGUGAUGCUGCGGUAUCUAGAUACUGAUACAUUAUUGUGCUGGGCUCCCGAGCAGGCUGCGCACGAUGCUGGCCAGCUUGAAAUGCACUCCAGCCGCACGGAGUCGUUACGAGACAUCCAGAUCAGAACAGCAAAGCCGAUUAUAAGCUUUCUCACCACGUCCAUCUGGCCGGGCGUGGAGCUAAAGCCUGCGCUGGAGAACGGGAGUAUUAUGCCAACUAAACAAUCCGAAAUGACACGAAGCGUUAUCAAAGGCUGGAUUUCUGGUCUUCCAGCUUACGAGCUCGCGGCUCUUGAACGAGCAGUGCUCGCUGGAAAGAGUCUGCUGGUUGGCACAAGACUAUUGAUUGAGUGGAGCGAGGAAUUCCGGGAUCUGCAACGCAGCAGUGAUAAGCGGUUUGGUAUUGAAGAGGCGGCCGAGGCAGCCACCCUCGAGGUCCGAUGGCAAACUGGUAUGUGGGGAGAAGUUGAGGACACUCACGACGUGGAGAAUGAAGAUAUCAGAAGACAGCUAGGAAGUGCAAUCUUGCUCAUAAGUGGGAAGCGGUAG